CUAACCAUGGAAAAUCAAAGCCAUGUGACAGAGUUCAUCCUCUUGGGACUUUCUCAGAAUUCAGAUAUGCAGACAAUAAUAUUUGUAAUAUUUCUGUUUUUCUAUCUCACAACUCUGGGAGGAAAUUUAUUUAUUGUUGUGACCAUCAUCUGUACGCCUUCUCUUCUGAACUCACCUAUGUACUUCUUCCUAUCCUUUCUUUCCUUUCUGGAUGCCUGCUUCUCAUCUGUCAUUACUCCAAAAGUGAUAGUAGAUGCACUCUAUGAGCGGAAAACAAUCUCCUUUAGAGGAUGUAUGAUGCAACUCUUUGCAGAGCACUUCCUUGCAGGUGUUGAGGUGAUCAUCCUCUCAGCCAUGGCCUAUGACCGCUACGUGGCCAUCUGCAAGCCUUUGCAUUAUGUGACCAUCAUGAAUCAACGCCUGUGUUUGCUUCUAGUGGGAGUGGCCUGGGCAGGAGGCUUUCUUCAUUCCACUAUCCAAGUAUCCUUCAUUAUCCCAUUACCCUUUUGUGGUCCCAAUGUGAUUGAUCACUUUAUGUGUGACUUGUAUCCUUUGCUGAAAUUGGCUUGCACUGACACUCAUGCCCAUGGUUUUAUGGUUGUGGCCAACAGUGGGCUCUUCUGUAUUAUAAUUUUUUCUCUUUUGCUUGUCUCUUAUGGAGUCAUCCUGCAUUCCCUGAGGACAUAUGGCACAGAGGCCAGACGCAAAGCCCUCUCCACUUGUGGCUCCCACAUCACAGUGGUUGUCAUGUUCUUUGCCCCGUGCAUAUUUGUGUAUGCACGACCUCCUUCUACGUUCUCUUUUGACAAAAAUGUAGCAAUAUUUUAUACCAUACUGACUCCCAUGUUAAAUCCUUUGAUAUAUACUUUUAGAAACACUGAAGUAAAAAAUGCUAUGAGGAGGAUGUGGAGUAGAACAUCAGUUUCUGUUGAAAAAUAA